CCGCAGUACCGCUUUUGGACUCGGAAGGGGAAAUGGAGCUGUCAGGAAUGAAAAAGAAGAGUUUGCUAGGAAUCAAAGAAAAUAAUAAAAAGUCCAGCACUAGGGCUCCCUCUCCCAGCAAGCGUAAGGACCGGACCGAAGAAAAAUCCAAGGACAGAUCUAAGGACAAGCCAGCCACCAAGGAAUCGGGCGAGAAGGACCGCGGGAGGGACAAAACCCGGAAGAGGCGCAGCGCUUCGAGCGGCAGCAGCACCACCAGGUCCCGCUCCAGCUCCACGUCCAGCUCGGGGUCGAGCUCCAGCACCGGCUCCAGCAGUGGCUCCAGCUCCUCCUCGGCAUCGAGCCGUUCUGGGAGCUCCAGCACUUCACGGAGCUCCAGCUCCAGCAGCUCCUCGGGUUCUCCGAGCCCAUCUCGGCGCCGGCACGACAACAGGAGGCGCUCCCGUUCCAAGUCAAAGCCACCCAAAAGAGAUGAAAAGGAACGGAAGAGGAGAAGCCCGACACUAAAACCUACCAAAGUGCACAUUGGGAGGCUCACCAGAAACGUUACCAAGGAUCACAUCAUGGAAAUAUUUUCCACUUACGGGAAGAUUAAAAUGAUCGACAUGCCAGUCGACAGGCUCAAUCCACACCUCUCCAAGGGUUACGCGUACGUAGAAUUUGAGAAUUCAGAUGAUGCCGAGAAGGCCCUGAAACACAUGGACGGAGGGCAGAUUGACGGGCAAGAGAUCACCGCGACGGGCGUCUUGGCUCCUUGGCCCAGGCUGGCCCCGAGGCGUUUCUCCCCUCCCAGGAGGAUGCUGCCGCCCCCGCCCAUGUGGCGUCGUUCACCACCCCGCAUGAGAAGAAGGUCCAGGUCUCCCCGGCGCAGAUCCCCAGUUCGUAGGAGGUCUAGAUCUAGGUCACCAGGUCGAAGGCGUCACCGCAGUCGCUCCAGUUCCAACUCUUCCCGAUAAAACCCG